CUUCCGCCCAAAUGCUGUCUUUUUCUGUCCCCUAUUGUUUGGUGGAGGACGUUUUCUGCUCUUACAGCGGGAUUUUACGCGUAUUUUUUAACAAUUAGAAAGCAAAAAUGAGUUUAGCCAACGCCAGACCUUUGGUCUCUGUCUAUUCAGACAAAAAUGAACAGCUUAAGGAUAAGAAUAUCUGCUUGCCUGCAGUGUUCAAAGCCCCCAUUCGUCCGGAUAUUGUUAACGAAGUGCAUCAGCUAGUACGUCGCAACAAUCGUCAACCUUAUGCCGUUAGCGAGCAAGCAGGUCACCAAACGUCUGCUGAAUCUUGGGGUACUGGUCGUGCCGUCGCUCGUAUUCCCCGUGUUCGUGGAGGUGGUACCCACCGUUCCGGUCAGGGUGCUUUCGGUAACAUGUGUCGUGGUGGGCGUAUGUUUGCUCCAACCAAAACCUUCCGUCGCUGGCACCGCAAGGUGAAUGUCAACCAGCGCCGUUACGCUCUCGUGUCGGCUAUUGCUGCAUCAGGUGUUCCAGCCUUAGUUCAAUCCAAGGGCCAUAUUAUUGAUGGUGUAUCAGAAUUCCCAUUGGUGGUGUCUGAUGAUGUGCAGAAACUACAAAAAACCAAGCAAGCUGUAGUGUUCCUAAGACGUACGAAAAUUUGGGCUGACAUUCAAAAGGUGUACAAGUCGCAACGUUUCCGUGCUGGUCGUGGUACAAUGCGCGAUCGUCGCCGUAUCGCUCGUCGUGGUCCUUUGAUUGUUUACUACAAGGAUGAAGGUCUACGUCGCGCUUUCCGCAACAUUCCUGGCAUUGAAACAAUGAACGUUGACAAAAUGAAUUUGUUGAAACUUGCGCCAGGUGGUCAUGUUGGACGUUUCGUUAUCUGGACUGAAUCGGCGUUCGCUCGUUUAAACGAAUUAUUUGGCUCGUGGAAGACACCAUCAGCUUUGAAGAAGGGUUACAAUUUGCCCCAACCUAAAAUGGCCAACACCGAUUUAUCACGUUUACUGAAAUCGGAAGAAAUCCGUAAAGUAUUACGUGAUCCACGUAAGAAGGUGUUCCGUCGCGUCCGCCGUCUGAAUCCAUUGUCUAACGUGCGCCAAUUGAUCAAAUUGAAUCCAUACGCUGAGGUAUUGAGACGUCGUGCUGCGUUAGCUGCUGAGAAGCGUACUAUUGCUAAAUCUUUGGCAAUCGCUAAGAAGAGGAACGUAGAAUUGGCGAAAUCGCACUUUGCUGCUGUGGCCACCAAAGCGCAAGCUAACCGCACAAAAAUGUUGCAGAAAAUUUUGGCUGAACGUAAGAAGAAGGCGGCCACCAAGAAGGCUGCUGCCAAAAAACCAGCCCCAGCUAAGAAGUAAAAUGGGUGGAGUUCGAUUGUUAUGCUUUUCUUAAUAUGUAAUUGAAGAGUAGUUACAAGAGUUCUAUUCAUAAUAUAAAAUACUUUAUAAAAAAACCGACUAAUGUUAUUAUUUAAGAGAAUAUACUAUAGGAAUUUUGUGAAAAAAAUCCGUGCACUAUAUUUUUAGUGAUGAAAUA